CUUCUGUUACGGAACAAGCGUGUCCGGUUCCCCCUCCAUAAAGGAUAAGCACCCAGUGUGACGUUCAGUGAGUCCUGUCACACAGCAGGCUCUGUGGUUAAGCUCACUCGCUUUAUGGUAAAAUUGCUGCCAAGUUUCACGGGCACAGGAUAGGCUACAGGAUACAACUGUUUUCCGCCCCUCCUUGCUUCCGGUUUGCUUUGCUCUAUUGCGUAUUAUUGUCGUGACACAGCGUUACCAUGGUUACAAAUAACAGAUAUUAGAUUAUAUAGAAGAUCCCAACUUUCUAGAGAGCCCUAGUAUUUGCCCACGGUCAACACGACGAACCGCUGGAGUCUCUGGGACGCAUCGGAGAUCACCAACCUCUCCAGUAAAGCGCACCGGACAGCAGCCGUACAUGUGUUCCGCGCUCUAGUCCCCUUGAAAACAAAUCGCAGGCCACCUACUUAGAGAUCAACAUCAUUAGAGCCAAAGCUUUUUGUAGAUUUUGUUGUGUCUUUUCCCGGUAAUUAUGCAGGAUAAAGGCACAUUUAUCAACCCUUUUCCGCGACCGCGGUGUGUGGCGGCAGCGGCGCCGGCGGGGAAAGCGAAAUUAACUCAUCCAGGAAAGGCGAUUCUGGCAGGUGGAAUUGCAGGCGGCAUAGAGAUCUGCAUCACUUUCCCCACAGAGUACGUCAAGACACAGCUGCAACUGGAUGAGAAGGCCAAUCCACCCAAAUACAGAGGAAUAGGUGACUGUGUGAAACAGACAGUGCAGAGCCACGGUGUCAAGGGACUAUACAGAGGACUCAGCUCCCUGCUUUAUGGAUCCAUACCUAAAUCUGCAAUCAGAUUUGGGAUGUUUGAGUUCCUCAGUAACCGUGCAAAGGAUGAGUCUGGUCGACUGGACAGCACCAGGGGCCUGCUGUGUGGGCUUGGAGCUGGGGUGAUGGAGGCAGUUUUGAUUGUAUGUCCCAUGGAAACCGUCAAGGUUAAAUUCAUUCAUGACCAGACUUCGGCAAACCCCAAAUACAAGGGCUUCUUCCAAGGAGUCAGAGAAAUAGUCAGAGAACAAGGAUUAAGAGGGACAUACCAGGGUCUCACUGCCACGGUCCUCAAACAAGGAUCCAACCAAGCUAUUCGGUUCUUUGUGAUGACCUCUCUCAAGAACUGGUACAAAGGUGAUAACCCCAACAAGCCUAUUAAUCCGUUGGUGACUGGAAUCUUUGGAGCCACAGCAGGAGCAGCCAGUGUCUUUGGAAACACCCCCCUAGAUGUCGUCAAGACUCGGAUGCAGGGUCUGGAAGCACAUAAAUAUAAAAGUACAUUAGAUUGUGCUAUGAAGAUCCUGAGAUAUGAGGGCGUGGCAGCUUUCUACAAAGGGACAGUUCCUCGGCUGGGCCGGGUGUGUCUGGAUGUGGCUAUAGUUUUCAUCAUCUAUGAAGAAGUGGUGAAGGUCCUGAAUGCGGCCUGGAAGACGAACUGAGCUGCUGGACACACAGAGAAAGUGGUGGCUCCUUUUUUUUUUCAGGCAUCAGACACAGAUCUGAGUUUAACAGACCUAUGUAUCAUAAAACCAGUUGCUGAGGGAUGAGACCGAGAGCUGAACUUAGAUCAGUGUCAUAUGGAAACCAGGAAGUGAAGGAGCUCACUCACAGAGGGGCCACAGAGAAGAAAGCAAACCUGGAAAGACGUUCAAUGUCAGCUACAUCCAACCAGCUGGAGUGUGUGCAGAGCAUCAAGACAAAGUGGGAUUAUAAGGUUACUAUGAAAAAAGAUGCUUCAUCCUAAAUCUGCAUCAUCAACUGUGAACAAAACCUGAUUGCUAGGGUCAACAACAUGUUUCUUUCAUGGCUGCUUAUCAACACUGCAGAUAUUUCAGCACCUUUUCCAAGUCAUUUGGCUCUCUUCUUUUGUAAAGCUGCUGUGUAAAAUAUUUCUUGCCAGUUACAGCUUUUUUUGCUAAUGUUUACUUAAAGUAUGCAGGUUUCAUACUGGAUUGGCUUAAGUUUGUGUUGCUCUCUGUCUCCCCUUUGUGCCUCAUAUGGUUUUAAACCCAGAGGAGCCAGACAUCAGCUAUCAGUCAUAUAAAUGCAGCAACUUCCAUAACUAAGCCUUUAAUUGAAAGAUUUUACAUUUAGAAUAUCCCAGUUAUUUUUAUACAGUAUAAAUUAUAAUUUAGUUUAUGACCAGCAGUCUUAUUAUAAAGUAUGAUGUAUUUUAUUCCUGUGCCAAAUGCAAAACCUGUUAUGCUGUGAAAGCAUGUUCAGAAUAGGAACAUGCAACAGCAGCAUAAAUGAUCCUCGCGAGAAAAGAGCAAAUAUUAUUGUGAUGUGUAAUGUGACAUACUUAAUAAUAUACAUAAUAUAAAUGUAUUUAUUGAGAACUGAAUGUUAAAUAUCUAGACCAUUGAGAGGCUACUUGCUGUAAACUUGUGCCACUUAUGUCAAGUUUUUUCUGUAGUCAGGUCUGGGUGUAAAGGUGUUUUAAAAACAGUACGACAAUAUUUAUUGCUGUAGUUCACUGUGAGUCUAAAUGACCAAAUGACCCUGAGUCAUACAGAUAAAGUAACCUCAGACAUCUUUUCGGCUUCAGUAGAAGCAUUCAUGUAUCUUCACGCCACGCUCCUACCACUAGGUGGUCAUUAGUCUUUGGUGGAACUUCUCAUAUAUGUAACUUGUGAUGAAGAGUCACAAGUAGGCAAUGCUCCAUUUACUAUAAAGAGGUCACCCACCAAAACAGGCUGGGAAUCAGUCUAUUCAAAUCCAUUUCCAUUUCCAGUGCUGCUCUGUUUUGAUGACAUGUUUAAUUCAGGGUUUGUUUUUACUUCUCACUCGUGUGCCUUUUGCCUUUGUGUUGAUAAAUUCAACUUGAAAAAUAUUAUUGACCUGUCAGACUCUUCUUCUUACCUUAUCUUAUCAUCUUACCAGAAAUCUGAGGUUUCUGUCAUUCAGCCAUAUUGUUCUCACAACCUCUUUGAGACGUCACUAGUGACAUGAAAACAGACAGUAAUCUGUUUGUCUUACUGCAAUGAUUGUAUUAAAAUACUGGUGAAUUGUACUUUAUUUCCUGUAUCCCUGACUGCUGAAUAGCCAAGAGAAAAUGUCAAUGUUAUAACACAUCAGUGUAUUCCCCUGUGUGUGUGUAGAAGAAAUGAUGAAGGUUGUUUAAUAAAUGCCGUCCCCUCCCCUUGUCUGUGCUUAAUGUAAAGCUCUGUCUUGUAGGGGGACUUAAACUCAAUAAAACAAGCAUUUGAAA